AUGGCAGAAGAGCUGAAGAAGGAGCAGGACACUAGCUCUCAUUUGGAGAGGAUGAAGAAGAACCUGGAGGUGACAGUGAAAGACCUGCAGCACCGCCUGGAUGAAGCUGAAAAUCUGGCCAUGAAGGGCGGAAAGAAGCAGCUCCAGAAACUGGAGGCUAGAGUUCGAGAAUUGGAAGCUGAAGUUGAUGCUGAGCAGAGGCGGGGUGCUGAUGCUAUCAAGGGAGUGCGAAAAUAUGAGAGAAAAGUAAAGGAGCUUAACUAUCAGUUUGAGGAGGACAAGAAGAAUAUUGCCAGACUUCAGGAUCUGGUGGACAAGUUGCAGCUGAAAGUGAAAUCCUACAAGAGGCAGUCUGAGGAGGCUGAGGAGCAGGCCAACACUCACCUGUCCAGGUACAGGAAGGUGCAGCAUGAGAUGGAGGAAGCUCAGGAGAGAGCUGACAUCGCUGAGUCUCAGGUCAACAAGCUGAGAGCAAAGAGUCGGGAAAUCACCAAGACCAAGGAUGAAGAGUGA